CCAAAAUCGCGCUGAUAUCUGGGAAAAAUUGCGCUAAUCUGCAUCGAGAGAACAUCACCAUCCGAAAAUCACCAUCCAGACAAUUUCGACAAAAAUGAGGAUGUCCACAUCGUCGUGUAAUAUGAGCCAUAGGAGUUGGCCAAGGCCAGAAGUCGUGGUUUGCAAUAAUGGAAUUGAAGCUCAAGUUGUAACAUCGAAGACGGAUGCAAAUCCUGGACGACGUUUCUACCGGUGCUAUAUUUGGAAGGAGGACGACUGCAAGUUCUUCCGCUGGAUUGACCCAUCUUUGUCACCGAAUCAAGAGAAGGACAUCAUGCAAAAAGCAUUGCAAGCGAGAGUUGCUAUGCAUGAUAUGCUAACAGAGAAAGUCCGUUCCAAAGAGGUUGAAUUGGAAUUACUCCAAAUAGUGGCUAAAAAUUUGCGUUGACAGAACCGGAACUUGAAGUAUGCCAUUUUGUGUUUAUGUGUUGUGGUGUGGCUUCUUAUCUAGACUAUAAUAGUCCAGAUUAUGUAAUAGUCUAAUGUAUGUCACCUAUGUCUAGGAUUUUACAUUGAAUUUCUAAUGUAUCCCCAACU